UUGUGCACAGUUUGUGUUACAAGUUGGUUUGGGCUGGUAAGACGCCAUAAGCUGUAACAAGCCGACAUUUUCUUCCGGAAUUUCUGCUAUUAGUUUAACUUCAAAGAAAAAUCGAGAAAUACAUUGAAUAAAUAAAAUAUCAAUUAUAAUAAUUACACGUUACAACUACAACAUUGAUUUCUAGACAUUUUUUCUUCUGCCAAUCUGAAACAUUAACCAUAACCAUGAGUUAUGGCUACAAUAAAUACAGCAACUCUGAUAUGAGUUCUAGAGGAAGAGGUUUCAAUUCAAGGGGUGGUAGCUCUUACAGAGGCAAUCGAGGUGGUGGAGGCAGUGGAAACAGCAGUGGAAAUUGGGAUAAUAACAGCAGUAGCAGCAACAUGAGUAGAGGAGGUUAUAACAGCUCAUCUCGUGGAGGUAGAUUUAAAUAUUCUACACCUAAUUAUGACUCACGAAACAAAUACAACAACUCAAGCGGAGGAUCCGACCGCUAUACUAAUCGAGGGGGUAGAGGUGAUCACUCCAACAACUACAAACGUCCACGUGAUUCGUAUUCGAAUCGCGAUGACCAUAGGUCAUCAAGUGAAUCAAAUCGCAAACGUGUGAGGAAUGAUUCGUAUCAGGGUGAAGGUAGCAGUGGCUCGCAGAGGUACCCUUCAUCGUAUAGCGGCUCAGCAAGUUCAGCAGCUUAUAACGACAAUAAAAGAUCAUCUUCGUCAACGGUUUAUGAGGAUAAAAGGCAAGGUGAUCGGGGAUCAUCAUAUCAUCGGUCUGAGGAACGGCAUUCAUCAACAUCAAGGAACUAUGCUGCUCCACCACCGCCACGUAUAAGCGACAUGGCACCACCAGCUCAAAGAUAUUCAACGAACCGUGGAAGAAUAUCUCGUCAAGGUUCUAACUACCGUGGAAGGGCCUCAGCACGUGGAAGAGGUUCAAGCUUCCGAGUUGGAAGUUCACGCUCCGAUCUAUUGAGCCGUAAACGUCAGCUCACAUCGAGUUUCGAGUAUCGCCGCAAGCUGCUCACUUCGCGUUCACGCGACUACAUCCAGCGGGUGCGCUUGGCCUCAUCUAAAAUACGAAGGAGCGGUACUAGGCUUUCCGGAAGUAAAAAGGAGUCAGGAUCUGGUUCCAGCAUGAAGGACAAGGAUAGAGAUUUGGCCAAGGCUAUUAACGAUGAAUUUUCUGAUGAGGAAGAUGAAGAGAAAGAUGUUGAAGACAAUUGGAUUGUAGAUGAAAAGACGGUAAAAAGUGAAGAGAAUCAAAGAGAAAGUAAUGAAAAUGAGAAAAAAAUUAAGGAAGAAAAGCGCAAAAAAGAGAAGUCAGAUCGACAAAGUGCAGAUGAGAAUGACGAAGAAAAAGAUGAAGAAACGAAGAGAGAAGAAAAUACUGAUAAACGAGAGAACGAAGAAGAUGAAAGAGAAGAAGAACAAGAUAGAAAUGAAAAGGAAGAAGGAGGAGAAUCUGAUGAUGCUCUAAACAAACGUGAUAGACAUUAUAUCAAACUCACUUGUCCACAUUGUUCUUAUCGCAGUACAACAUUCAAAGAAUACUCUCUUCACUUAUUUUCCGGCCGACAUAGUACAGCAAUGCGAAGAAUCGCUGCUCGUCAUAAGGCAAGUUUGGCACGUAUGCGUGUUCUUCAACGUCAAGAACAACGAAGGAAAGAAGCUCGAGAAAUGGCUCAAGGAACAUUACCAUCUCGUACAAUGUUUUGUCAAAUUUGCAAACUUAAUUAUCGAUCAUUAAAGAAGAAGCACCAUCUUUCUGAAUCUCAUCAUCAAAUCAAACGAUUCCUUACUCCUUUCUGUCGAGUAUGCAGGGUUCAAUUCCGUUCUCCAAUGCUCUUUGAAACACACAUCUGUUCUUUGGAUCAUAUCAAGCGAAAAAGUACUCUAGAUGAGAGAAGGAAUUCUGGUAAUACAGAAGGUGAAGGUGAAGGUGACUCUAGUGCACCAGAAGAAGAUGAUAAAGAUCAUAAUCUUGAAAACUUUAUGACUCUCGAUUCUGUUGGAGAUGUCGAUGCUGAAGAAGAUGAAGAAUCUGGUGAAAAGAAAAAGAAAGAAAAAACAGAGAAUGAAACUGCACCUGCUGAACCAGAGAAAAAACCGAAGAAUAAGCAAAUGAUUAAAGUUGGAGUUGAAUAUAUCAAACGAGUUGAAGUACAAUAUUGUGAGCUUUGUAAAGUAUAUUUGCCCAGGAACGAAAAUUCUGAGAGAGCUUUGGCAAUGCAUUGUUCUACCAGAAGUCAUCUCAAACGUUAUGUUCGUGAUAAUGACGAUAAAGCGUUACGUCGAGAAGCUGAACGUAUUCAUCUUCAGACAUCAUCAACAAAUAAUACAUCUAAUAAUUCAACAACUACUGAAACUAUUAAAGGCUCACCUAAGAGUCCUCAGCAAAAUAAUCCAGGAUCAAAUGGUAAUUCAAGCAUGUUAGAAACCACAAUGAAUUCUGAGGAAGGAACAGAAGAUGAUUCAUGUCCAAAAAAUUCUGAAGUUCAAAAUAACAUCAAACAAGAAUCUAAAAGUCAAGAAGAUGACGAAGAUGAUUACCGAAAUGAUGGUGAUAAAAUUUGGGAGGAUGUUGAUAAAGAUUUAGGAGAUAUUUUAAGGGAAGUCGAGCCAGGCAAAUCUAGUGAUGAUGAAGAUUCACGUUAUGAUAGAUUCAAAAAUUCCGAAAAGAAGGCACAGCAACAUAAUAAAGAAAAAAAUUCAGAAGAAACCGAUGAUAAUAAAAAAAAUGAAGGCAAAAUAAAGGAAAAAAAUGAUAAAUAAAUGGUAAAUUUUGUAAAAUUUUAUUUUAUAUUUCUUUAAGAGUAAAAUUUCUCUGGUUUUGUGUUUAAAUGAAUUAACAAAUGAUAAAAAAAAAAAUAACAAAAAAUAUUGUCAAGAAAUUUAAUGACAGUUGACUCAAGUCAAUAGAAUUCGUGUAAUAAUAUUAUUGGGCUCUUAAGUGAUGGAGUAUAUUCAUUAGCUUAAUGAGAAUUACUCGAUGAAGAUUUGCGAUAAUUAUAAUCUAAAAAAAAA